AUGGCGGCCUCCGGCGGUGGUGGAGGACGCUCCGCGAUGUUGACGUCGAGUCAAUUCGCGGAGCACGCGAAGAAGCUCGUGGACGCGAAGACCGCGAAGGAUAAGCUCGCGCUCGCGACGGAGAUUCGAGACGCGAUCGAGAUCGUGAACGUCGGGAGCGAGUACCCGAAAUUCUUAGACGCGUACCUCCCCGCGUUCACGUCCUUGCUCGAGUCCGUCCCGCCCACGACGUCGGACGGGCCGGAGCAUAAACUCCGCAACGUCAUCCUCGAGAUGAUGAACCGGCUGCCGCACAACGAGACGCUGCGGCCGCACGACAAGGCGCUCCUGAAGCUCGCGAUGGACGCGUUGAGGAAGGAGAACGAGGACAACGCGCUCAUCUGCCUUCGAAUCAUCUUCGACCUUCAUCGGAACUUCCGCCCGAGCCUAGAGUCCGAGGUGGAGCCGUUCCUGCAGUUCGUGUGCGAGGUGUACAAGGGCGUGAACGAGACGGUGACGACGACGUUCGGGGAUGAAACGGCCGGGGUAAAACCGUUAGCCGCCGACGCCGUCCCCACGGGCGUGCAGACGCUCUCGACGCGAUCGUUCAAAGUCAUGACCGAGUGCCCGCUCAUCAUCAUGCUCCUGUUCCAGCUGUACGCGCGGCUCAUCCCGCCGAACAUCCAGAUGUUACUGCCGCUCAUGGUCCAGACGAUCGCGCUGAAAGGCCCGGCGCCGAGCGCGGUGCCGUCGCACUUACGCCAAGCGUUCGGCGACAUGAAAGGCUCGCAAGUGAAGAUGGUGUCGUUCGUGACCUACCUCCUUCGCGGGUACGCGGAGGCCAUUCUCCCGCACCAAGAGGCGAUCAGCAGCAGCAUCGUGGAGCUCUUAAAGUCGUGCCCGGACAACGUCGCGGUGCGAAAGGAGCUCCUCGUCGCGACGCGGCACGUCCUCAGCGCGCAGGAUUUCAGAAGAGGAUUUUACGCGCACCUCGACACGCUCCUGGACGACGAAGUUCUCGUCGGGACCGGCAGGGCGUGCUACGACGCGCUGCGACCGCUGGCGUACUCCUUCCUCGCCGAGCUCGUGCACCACAUGCGUCUGGAGCUCUCGCUCGUGCAGAUACGACGCGCGGUGUACAUGUUCAGCCGUAACGUCCACGACGCGUCUCUUCCGCUGUCGAUCCAGAUGACGUGCGUGCGUCUGAUGCACCACCUCGUCGAGAGCAUCUUCCGACGACGGAACGACCCGACGCAGGCUGCGGAGGCGCGCGCGAACCUGAUACGGAUACAAGACGCGACCGUGAGCAAAUUUCGCACGGUCCGGCCGCAGGUGUACGGCUUGCUCGAAAACGCCAAGCGCGCGGAGCUCAUCGAAGCCGCGAUCGCGAAGGAGACGAAAGCCGCGCAAGACGCGCUCGCGCUCGGCAUCACGACGAAGACGCCGCCGGGGACGGGCACGGCGACCUCGACGGCCGCGGAGGCGGCCGUGAAAUCCGAGCCGGCGGAGAAGCCCAAAGAGAAGGAAAAGGAAAAGGAAAAGCCGAAGAAAAAACCGACGCGAGGCGGCCGCGCGGCGGCGAGAAAAGGCCGAGCCCGCGAGGAGAGCGAGUCCGACGACGACGACGACGACAAGGACGGCAAGGACGCGAACGACGCGGACGACGCCGACGGUAAGAAGAAAGGCGGCGACGGCGACGGCGACGGCGCCGCAGCGAAACCAAAGUACCCCGAGCUCAUCGGGUACGGAGGCAAGGUGCACACCCCCGCGGAGGCCAUCAAGCGCCUCGCGGACACCAAGGCGCUCGUCAAGACGCUGGUGAUCGGGAUGAAGACCCUCCUGUGGUCCAUCACGAACUUCCACAGCGGCAGCGCGCAGCAGCAGAACGCGUCCGGGUCCUCGAUCGCGAAAGGGUUCAGAGAGGGCGAGCUCCGACGCGCGUCCGGGUUCGUCGCCAACGGCGUGCGGUGUCUCGCGUUGUACCAGGGCACCGAGUGCGCGGAGAUGUGCACGCACUUCGCGGAGGCGCUCGCGGUGCUGGACCCGCGCAACUUCCUCGACGUCAUCUGCCUCAGGCUCGACGCGCUCCUCGGCGGCGGCGAGCCGUACGAGCUCGCGCCGAUGGUCCAGCUCCCGCACUUGCUCCUGCAGUCCACCGCGUUGGGCCGGUCCUUCGCGGACGCGUUAGCGACGCACCUCGUUCGCGAUCGCCUCGACGCGCUCGCCGAGCCGUCGACGGCGCAGUCUCAGCUCGUCUUGAAACUCUUCUCGCUGCUCAUGCACGCGGUGUCCAAGUACAGCAGCUGCGAGGCGGUGCUGUCUCCGCACGUCGUCCCGCUCGUGGAGGCGUGUCUGAAGGCGCUGAAAGAGGUGGAGGAUCCGUCCGCGUACGUGCGUCUGCUGCGCUACCUGUUUCGCGCGCUCGCGCAGGCGAAAUUCGAUCUGCUGUACCGAGAGGUCGUGCCCGUGUUACAGCCGUGUCUCGACACGCUGCUCGCGAUGCUACACGGCCCGGACACGCACGAGCUCUCGGACACGGUGGUGGAGCUGUGUUUGACGUUGCCGGCGCGGCUGUCGAGCAUACUGCCGCAUCUCCCGCGGCUGGCGCACCCGUUGCUUCGCGCGUUGAAGUCGACGAGCAGCGAGCUGCAGCUCCUCGGCCUUCGCACGUUGGAGUUUUGGGUCGACUCGCUGAAUCCGGAUUUCCUGGAUCCGUGCAUCGCGGAGGUGGAGCCGCAGCUCAUGCUCGCGCUGUGGGCGCUGCUCAAGCCGCAGCAGUCCGGCGCGCCGUUCGGCGCCAAGGCGUUGCAGAUGCUCGGUAAGCUCGGCGGUCGGUCGCGGUGUUUCCUUCGCGAGCCGUUGGAGCUGGAGGCGAAGCCGAAUCCGGAACACGGCCUGCGGUUGAUCCUGACGUUCAAACCGGAGACGUCGUUCUUAGUCCCGCUCGAUCGGUGCAUCGCGCUGAUGAAGACGAUCCUCGCCGCGCCGCCGGUGCCAAACUUGAAAGGCGCGGAGGCGCUCGUGGAGCAUCGUCGUCAGGCGCUGUCGUUUUUACGCGCGUGCCUGGCGAGCGUGUUGAACCUCAGCGGCGGCGCGGUGAAGACCGCGCCCGGCCAGACCGAGAUCAAGAACGCGCUCGAGGGCGUCGUCGCCGGGUGGUUCACGGACGACGCCGGGAGAGACAAGGACGACGCGAACGGCGACGGGAAGGGCGGCGACGGCGCGGACGCGGACGCCGCCGCGGGAUCAAGAGCCGCGCAGCUCGGGAACAAGACGAAAACGCAGCUCAUGGCUGAACAGAACGUCUUCAAGCAGCUGCUCACGACCGUCGUCGCCGCGGAGGCGGACCCGACGCUGAAGAAGGCGAACGACGGGUUCGUCGACGCCGUCGCGGAGCACUUCGCGAUGCUGUUCGUGUCCGGGAUGGCGCCGUUGCAGCCCGGCGGGAGCGGACGAAGCGGCGCCGCCGUCGCCAAGGAACGCAAAGCCGCCGCCGCCGCGGCGGCGAAGAAGAAGAAACAAGACGCGGAGAAGGAGGAGGAGGAGGAAGGGAAGAAGGCGUCCGCGUCCAAGCGCGGCGGUCGCCGCGGUCGCAGCAGCGCCAAAAAGAAAGACGAGCCGGAGUCCGAGGAGGAGGAGGACGACGACGAGACCGCGGCGGACGCGGACGACGCGACGCCGGCGAAGAAACGACCGGCGGCGGCGGCGCUGAAAGAGCUCGACGCGUGCCUCUUCCUCGACGCCCUCAUGGACGCGCUCGAGUCCGGCAAGCGCCCGCACGUCGACGCCGCGAUGCGCGCGGUGAAGAUUUUCAUCGACGCGGUCAUGACGCUCGCGUGCGACCCCGCGGUCGUCGGCGUGACGGAGGAGGACGCGGCGCAGGCGAGGGAGGCGGUGGAGACGGCCGAGGCGGCGGCGAAGAGGGAAGCCGAGGCGAAAGCCGCGCGCGAGAAGGCGAAGAAAGAGGGCGCGCUUCGGGGGGCGAAGAGCUCGAACUCGGGCGACGACGACGCGGACGCGAAGGGCGCGGCGGACGGCGGCGACGCGGACGUCAAGGACGACGACGCGAAGAAGAAGGGGGACAAGGCGACGGACAAGUCCCCAGCGAAAAAGGGCGGGAAAAAGAGCAAAAAGGGCGACGACGACGACGAAGACGACGACGCCGACGACGAGGAUAAGGACGAGGACAAGGAAAAAGCAAAGGACGCCGCGGCCGAAGACAAGGCGGCGAAAGACGCGGCGGCGGCGAACGAGAAGGACGACCGCGACGCCGACGCGGACGCCGCGGCGGCGGCGGCGCUCAACGCCCCGAUCCCCCCCGCGCUCCGAUCGCUCGUCACCGAGCUCCUCCCUCGUCUCAUGCACUGCUGCUUCAAGAAGAGCUGGCAGGCGACCGUCGGCGGCGUCGGCGGGAUCGACGCGCUCUCGCGCGUCCUCCCCAUCUCCGCGCUGACGCCGCAGCUCCCGAGGGUGCUGCAGGCGCUCCUGCGCGCGAUGCGAUCGCUGCCGCCGCACGCGGUGAGCGAAGUGCGCGCGGCGACGGACGCCUUUCACCGCGUCUUGGAGGCGGCGACGCCCGAGGGCGUGAUCCUCCGCGGCGACGACGCCCCCGCCGGGCUCGAGGCUGCGAUCGGCGUCCUGAGCGAGGAGCUUUUCAGCACGUCGUCGUCGCCCACGGUGCGUCCGGUCGUGGAGCGCGCGAUUCGCGGGCUCGCCGCGCGGAGCGGGCUCGACGUGGGGAAGGUUUUGGACGUCAAGACGACGCACGUCGCGUCGUUGCUGUCGCGGCCGCUGCACUCGCGGCACGUGCACGUGCAGACGCAGGUGGUGCACAUCCUGAACUUUUGCGUCUCCGCGACCCCGGAGCCGCUCAUCAAGAUCAGCGCGCAGGCGAACUUCGUGAGCGUCCUUCAAGAGGCGCUCGCGGUGGCGGAGAACGACGACCCGAGCACGCUGAAGGCGCGUUCUAUACACUGGUCCCCAUACGACCGCGUUCGCGUGGAGCAGCUCGCGCAGCUCAGACAGCGGAUCAUCACGAUGUUCUUCAAGUCGCUCACGUCGCGGAGCGCGGAGGUGGUGAACAUCGCGAAAGAGGGUUUGAAACGCGUGAUUCAACAGCAGUCGCUGUCGAAGGAGCUGCUUCAGUCGAGCCUGCGGCCGAUUCUCGUGAACCUCGCGCACUAUAAAAACCUUACGAUGCCGCUGCUCGUCGGCCUCGAGCGACUGUUGGAGCUCUUGUCCAACUGGUUCAACCCGACGCUCGGGGAGAAGCUCCUCGAGCACCUCCGAAGGUGGCUCGAGCCGGAUAACAAAGCCGUGGCGCCCGGGGGGCAACAGACGCAGGCGCGACCGCCGCCGAAGGACUUCAAGAUCGCCGCGGCGAUGAUCAACCUGUUCCACUUGUUGCCGCAAGCCGCGGGGAAAUUCUUAGAGCCGCUCGUGAUGCUGACGAUUCAGCUCGAGCAAGCGCUGCCGCAGAGCGGCGUGCACUCGGAGGUAAACUCGCUGUACCGGAAGCCGCUCGCGAAGUUUUUGUCGCGGUACGCCCCCGCGACGGUGGACUUUUUCCUCGCGCGGCUCUCGCAGCCGGCUUUUUUCUUCCGUCUCUUGGACAUGAUCCGCAUGGAGAAGGAAGGGAAGCCCCUGCGGGAGGAGCUCGCGAAGAGCGCGAACAAGAUCAUCGCCGCCGCGUUCACGUGGCCGCGCCCCAACGCGGGCGCGAACGCCGCCGCGGACGCCGCCGCGAGCGAAGGCCUCAGCGGCGUCGGCGGCGGCGGCGACCUGAACGCGUACAACGGCUUGAAGCUCAUCAACGUCCUCGCGAAGCACAUGCCGGAGUGGCUGCACACGCAGCCCGAGCUCGUCUCGGUGCUCUGGGGUCGGUGGCGGUCCGAAGCGCGAGCGGAGCGGCUCAAGAGCGAAGAAAUGCUCGCGCUCCCGGAGCUGCUCGAGUCCAAGAGGCUCGCGAAGUGCUUCGUGAACGUCGCGCGGAGCGACCGCGCGCAAGUCGGCGCGCUGUUCGACGUCUUAUCCAUCUUCGACACGAAAACGCGCGUGGACUUUACGUUUCUCGAGGAGUUUUACAAGAAAGAAGUCGCCGCGGCGUACACCCCGGAGGAGAAACACGACGUCCUGAUGCACUUCCUGAACGCGUUCAAAGAGCAGUCGCUCACCGCCCCGGAGCUCGUCUCCGCGUUGAGACUCGUCAUCAUGCCGAUGCUCGAGCACACGCUGAAGAACGUCGCGACGGACGCGAACGCGAUGGAGGACGCGAAGAAGGUAAUCACCGAAGACGCGGUGAACAUGAUCGUCGUCGACCUCCUCGAGACGGCGGACGAGGAGUCCUCCCCGGCGCACAGCGAGCCGCUUCGAAUCCAACUCUUGCGGAUGACGACGCUGCUGAUUCGCAACCUCCCGGACGAGCUCGUGUCGCAUCGCAAGGAGCUCAUCAAGUUCGGGUGGAACCACCUCAAGAGCGAGGACAGCGGCAGCAAGCAGUGGGCGUUCGUGAACGUCUGCCAUUUCCUCGAGGCGUACCAAGCCCCGGAGAAGAUCGUGCUGCAGGUUUUCGUCGCGCUCUUGCGCGCGUGCCAGCCCGAGGCGAAGGAACUCGUGCGGCAGGCGCUCGGCGCGCUCACGCCCGCGCUCCCGAAGCGGCUGCCGCAGGGCGACCACAAGUACCCGAUCUGGAUUCGAUACACGAAGAAGAUUCUCGUCGAGGAAGGGCACUCGCUGCCGCACUUGAUUCACGUCUGGAACUUGAUUCACACGCACGAGAAGCACUUUUACGCGUCCCGCGCGCAGUUCGUGCCGCAGAUGGUAAACUCGCUCUCGAGGCUCGGGUUGCCGUCGUCGUCGCCGCCGGAGAACCGAGUGUUGUCCAUCUCCCUCGUCGAGCUCAUCCUGCAGUGGGAAGAGCAGCGCGUCGAGCGCACCGCCGCGGCGGCGCUCGAGGACAAGCCCGAGGAGGAGGAGGAGGAGGACGACGAGGAAGAGGAGGAGGAGCCACCCGAGAAGGCGGGCAAGAAACGCGGCCGCGACGCCUCGGGAACGGACAAAAAAGACGCCGCCGCCAAGGGCGACAAGAAAUCCAAGGGCGAAGGCGGCCGCGCGUCCCGCCGCCGCGGCCGAUCCGCCGCGACGGACGACGACGACGAAGACGACGAAGACGCCGUCAUGGCCAACGCGGACGACAUCGAGCUCGGGGACGACAAGACCGCCGGCAAGAGCGACAAGUCCGUCGCCGCGCCCGCGGUGUCGAUGUCCCCGGACGCGGACGAGUUCCAGCCCGCGCCGGCGAUGUGCGAGAUCCUCGUCAACUUCCUCGUCCGCAUGGCGUUCCUCACGGGCGAGAGCAAGGACAAGGAGAUGAUCGCGUUGCACGCGCGCGCCGUCUCCCUCCUUCGCAAAGCGCUGACGGCGUGGCCGAAGGCGAACAUCAAGUUCGGCUUCAUCGAACGCCUCCUCGCGAGCUCCACCGCGAGCGGCGGCGACGCGACGAGCACCCUGUCCACCGGCCUCGCGGUGUUCAACAUCGCGCUCGAGUGCGGCUGCGGGGACGAGUUCAUCCGCGGCAACGCCCCGCAGGUCGCGUCCAUGCUCGAGCCGUGCUUCGCGUCGACGCGGAAAAACACGCACGACGCGCUCGCCAAGGCGUUGGGCCGCGCGAUGUUCCCGCCGCCGCCGAAGGGCGCCGCGCCCGGGGAGAAGGGCGUCCCCGCGCCGGAGACGAAGGUGCUGCAGCACCGCAUGGACGAACUCUGCGCUAAGCACGUCGCGGCGGCCAUCUCCGGCAACCCGGCGUUGCCGAACGUCAGCGCGCCCAACCCGAGCCUCGCGUGCGUGCUCGCGUGCGUCGCAGCGCUGGCGGAGCGGCAACGCCGCGUCGCGGAUCGCUACCUCCCGCACUUGAUUAAGCUUCUGAGCCGCUUGACGCACGAGCUGAACACCGCGAGCGCGGCCGGGCAGGUGCCGCCGCCGCACCCGGCGCAGAGGCUCGCGCCGGGGGAGCAGCCUCAGGUGCCGACGCCGGAGUACGGCUCCGUCGCGCACUGCAUGGCGGCGUGCGUGCGGCUGAUCGCGUCUCGGGUCAUCCCCGCGGGGGGCGAGCACAAGCAGCUGUUCUUGAGGAUGCUCCUGCAGCUCAUCAACGACCAGGCGACGCACGGCGCGGUGUUGAUGGCGACGCUCGACGCGCUGAAAGGGUGGGCCGGGGACACCGUCCUCGGCGCGACGCCCGGCGCGACGGGCGCCGCCGCGGCGAUUCCGACGGACGUCGGAGUCGUCGCGCUCAAGGCGGAGACCCAGGACGCGGAGGCGUCGAACGCCGCGGAUGCGGCGGCGGCGGGCGCGGGCGGCGACGGCGGCGGUGCGGACGCGAUGGACGUCGACGAGAAGGACGACGGCGACGGCGAAGCGGACAAGCCCAAGGGCGGGAAGGAGAAACCUGGCGGCGCGGGCGGGAAGGUCAAGCCCGGGGAGGAGAAGGGCGGCGACGGCGACGCGAACGACGCGAACGACGCGUCGGCGGAACCUAAGGACGACGGCGCCGCGGAAAAAUCGAAAUCCACCGGCACUGGCGGCGACGCGAGCGGAAAGGCCUCCCGGGCGGCGGACGCGCCGGAUUCGGACGCGAAACCCGCCGUCCCGGACCCGGACGCGCCCGAUCCGAACCGACCCGGGUCGCUCAGCGCGAAGGAAACCGUGCUGUUUCUCAGCAAGCUCGCGCACCUCACGCGUCUCGGGCGCGAAGUCACGCAGACGGCGGAGUGGGAGGAGAAACUUCUCGGAACGCUCCACGCGCUGUGCGCGUCCGGCGGCGCGCACGCGAUGGCGCUGCGACAGGAAGUCUUCGUCAAGGUGGAGAGGAACCACCUCCUCGGGUUGCGGACGCGGCACCCGAAGCUCCGCGCGAAAUUUUUCGAGCUCUACCACGCCGCCGUCGGAAAGACGCUGUUCCACCGUCUGCAGUACAUCCUCGCCGGGCAGGAGUGGGACGCGAUGGCGGACACGUUCUGGCUGAAGCAAGGCCUCGAUCUGAUCCUCUCCAUCCUCGCGGAGGAGGAGAAGAUCACGCUCGCGCCGAACAGCGCGCAGAUCCCGUCGCUGCUCCCCGCCGGGGACGACCCGAAGACGACGCCGCCGCCCGAGUGCCCGCCGCGGCCGAAGAACGCCGGCCCGGCGCCGCUGGAGAAGACCGCCGCGCUGCUGGACCGUCACGCCGCGUUCCUGACGAAGAUCGAGACGCUGCGAGUGAGCGACCUCGUCGCGCCGCUGCGCGAGGUGGCGACCAGAAACGCGCACGUGGCGUACUACCUCUGGGUUCUCGUGUUUCCCAUCGUGUGGGCGACGCUCCAACGCGAGGAACAGAUGACGCUCGCCAAGCCGAUGAUCGCGCUGCUCUCCAAGGAGUACCACCAGAGACAGGCCGCGGUGCGGCCGAACGUCGUCCAGGCCCUCCUCGAGGGCAUAUCGUUGUCGCAACCGCAGCCGAAGAUACCGAGCGAGCUCAUCAAGUACCUCGGAAAGACGUACAACGCGUGGCACAUCGCAAUCGCGCUUCUCGAGAACCACGUCGUUCGGUACCCGCAAGAGGCGCGGUGCUUCGACGCGCUCGCGGAGCUGUAUCGCCUCCUCGGCGAACAAGACGUCCUUGUCGGUCUGUGGCGGCAGCGGUGCACGUCGGACAUCACCCGCGCGGGGCUCGCGUUGACGCAGCACGGGCACUGGCAAGAGGCGCAGGACGUCUUUUUCCGCGGGAUGCAACGCGCGAGCGCGGGGCAAGUCUCCGGGGUGACGAAGACGGAGCUGUGCCUGUGGGAGACGAACUGGCUGAACAGCGCGAAGCAGCUGAACCAGUGGGAGCUCAUCUCCGACUUCUCUCGCGCGGUGGAGCACACCGAGCUGCAGCUGCACAGCGCGUGGCGAAUGAACGACUGGAACACGGUCCGAGACCUCCUCCCCGCGUCGGCGGCGACGUCCGAAGUUGAGGAAACCGCGGAGAUCAACAUCGUGCGCGUGUACAACGCGCUCGACAGCGGACGGGUCAACGACGCGGAGCAGUACUGCAAACAAGCGGUCAAGCUGCUUCUCGACCGGUGGUGGAAGCUCCCGGAGACGGGCGCGAGCGCGCACGUCCCGGUCCUGCACUCGUUCCACGCCAUCGUGGAGCUGCAAGAGUCCACGCGCAUCUUGGUCGAGCUCGCCAACGCGAGGCGGCCGCAGCAUCCGAACCCCGGCCACGCGCGCACGCUGAUCCAAGACACGAUGGAGACGUGGCGACUGCGCACGCCGAACCGCUGGGACCCGCUGCCGCAGUGGAACGAAGUGCUGACGUGGCGCGGGUACAUGUACGGCGUCAUCGCCGCGGCCGCGAAGGGGCUCGUGGAGGCGCACCCGCAGCUCGUGCAUCAGGGGCACCAGCUGGAUCAGCUCGGGUUGCGCGACCGCGCGUGGGGCAUCAACAAGCUCGCGGGGACCGCGCGGCGGCAUCGCAUGGGCGAGGCUGCGAACGCGAUCCUCACGCAGCAGCAGGGGCACAUCGAAGUCCAGGAGGCGUUCUCGAAGCUGCGAGAGCAGAGCAAGGCGUGCCUAGAGAUGGAGGGCGAGACGGUUACGGGGCUGAACGCGUUGGAGGGGACGUCUUUGGACUUUUUCCACGCGCAUCACAAGGCUGAGCUGUUCCGUCUGAAGGCGCUGUUUCAAGAGAGGAUGGGCGACGGCGACGGCGCGCACGCGUCGUACGCGACGUCGUUGUCCCUGUGCAAGCAGCUCAGCAAGGCGUGGAUCUCCUGGGGCGAGUUUUGCUCGCGCCAGGCUACCGCGGCGGCGUCGAGCUCCGGCGCCGCCGGGUCCGGCGUCGCGCCCACGGCGAGCGGCUCCGGCCCCGGGAACGCGGAGGAAGCCGCGCGGUGGGCCAAGUACGCCGCGACGUGUUACUUACAAGCCGCGAAGCACGGGCCGCAGCGGUACCGCCACGAGCUCGUGAACGUGUUGCAUCAGCUCGCGUUCUCCGAUCACACCGCCGCGGUGGGGCGAGCGCUCGCGAAGCACCUCGACGCGAUUCAACGUUGGGUGUGGAUCCCGUACGUCCCGCAGCUGUUGCUCUCGCUUUUGAAUCGCGAAGCCCCGCACGCGAAGGCGCUGCUCUUGCGACUCGCGCAGGCACACCCGCAGGCGAUGUACUGCCCGCUUCGGACGUUCCUCUUAGAGCGAAGAGAGGCGGCGACGCGCGUGACGCAAACCGCGCGCGCGCUCGCGCAAAAGGCGCAAGAGUCCUCCGCGGCGGCGCAAAAGUUUAACGAAAACGACGCGAGCGAGGAAGCCGUCGCCGCGUUCUCGCUCGCCAAGGCGGACAAGACCGCCGCGCAGGCGGCCGCGCAGGCGGCGAACGAGGCGGGCACCGCGUUCGACGGCGCGAAGGAGGUCAUGGAACGCCUGAGGCACAAGCACUCGCACCUCGUCGCGGAGCUGGAAGUGCUUCUCUCCGAACUCGGCGCGCGUUUCGCGUCUUCCCCCGAGGAGAGGCUCCUCGUCGUCGUGUACACGCUCCUUCAUCGGUGUUACAAGUACCCGACCGCGACGACCGCGGAGGUCCCCGCGAGCUUCAAGAAGGAGCUCACGGGGGUGUGCCGCGCGUGCUUCAGCGCGGACACGAGCACGAAACACACCGAGUUCGUCGCGGAGUACAAGGCGGAUUACGAACGCGACCUGGACCCGGAGCAGCCGACGUUCCCCACCGCGCUGCACGAGCUCAUCGAGCGCUUGAAGCGCUGGAAACGACAGCUCCAGAGCGACGUCGAGGACCGACUCCCGACGACGCUCAGGCUCGAGGACGAGUCCCCCGCGCUGCGCGGGAUGCGAUUCGCGGAGGUUGAGGUCCCCGGGCAGCACAACGGCGACGCGGAGCUUCCCUCCGUCGAUCGCUUCGUGAAGCUCGAACGCAUCGGCGCGGACGUGCACGUCGUUCGCAGACACGGGUCGUCGUACCGGUGCCUCACGUUCCUCGGCGCGGACGGGAACGAGCGACGGUUCCUCGUGCAGACCUCGCUCACGCCCGCGGCGAGAGGCGAGGAGCGGAUGCUCCAACUCUUGCGUUCGCUGAAUCACUCGCUCGCGCACCAUGUCGAGACGCGACGCCGCGGGCUGUGCUACUACACCCCCGCGGUGGUCCCGGUCUGGCCGCAGGUGCGUCUGAUGGAGGACGACGCGGCGCACGGGACGUACGGUGAGGUGUACGAGAUCAACUGCGCGAGGUACGGCCGCGAGCCGGACGCGCCGAUCAGCGCGUUUAAAGCCGCGUUGGACGACGCGGUGACGGGCAAGGUUACGGGCGCGGAGAACGUCUUGAACCUGAGACUCAAGGCGUUCUCGGACGUGUGCCAGCAGCACGUCACGGAGAACAUCUUCUCGCAGUUCAUGUACAAGACGCUCCCGACCGGGUCGCACUUGUGGACGUUCAAGCGGCAGAUGUGUCAGGAGAUGGCGCUGUCGUGUUUCAUAUCCGCGUUGCUGCGGAUCGGCGGUCGCACGCCGCAAAAGAUUCUCUUCGCGAAGAACACCGGGAAGGUUUUCAUGCUCGAUUUCCACCCCGCGUUCGACAGCAAAGGGAUGACCGAGUUCGUGGAGCCGGUGCCGUUCCGCCUGACGCGGAACCUGCACACGUUCUUCACGCCGUUCGGGGUGAAGGGCGACUUCGUCGCGUCGAUGGCCGCCGCCGCGCAGGCGUGCGCCGCGCCCGGGACGAGCCUCGAGACGCGGCUUCUCUUGUUUUUCCGCGAUCAGCUCAUGUGCUGGCCGUGGCGACGGAUGACCCCGGCGGCGGGGUCGAACGCGACGCCGCUCGGGCCUACGCCCGCGGACGUGCGCGCGAUGGCGAGGGCGAACGUGGACGAGGUGUUGAAGCGGCUGCCGUGCAUCGCGCCGACGCCGCCGCGGAUGGGCGGCGGCGAGCAGCUCUCGAGCGUGCAAAAGGGGGUCAUUCACCUCGUCGAAGCCGCGAUCAACCCGCGGAACUUGUGCCGCAUGGAGCCGACGUGGCAGGCGGCGUUUUAGACGGACGCGCGCGCAUAAACGACGUACUGUACUGUACGCGUGUCAUUGUUAUACUACUCACUACUAACUAUGC